AUGAUGAGUUCGGAAGAUAUAUUCGAUUGUAUAUUGCGCCUAGAGGAAACACACAUACAGGAAGGCUUCGACGAGGGUUACAAAGCCGGUCUCGUGUCAGGUCGGGAAGACGCUCGUCAUCUAGGUCUGAAACUUGGGUUCGAAACAGGAGAGCUGAUCGGUUUCUACAAGGGUUGCUCUUCCCUCUGGAACUCUCCUGCUCUCCUUGUUCACUUUUCUCCUCAGCUCCAAAAGCAUCUCCAUGAUUUCCAGGCCUUGCUCGAUAAGUUCCCGCUGCUGGAUCCCGAGGACGAAACCAAAGACGAUAUCAAGGAAAAUCUCAGGGUCAAAUUCAACAUCAUAUGCGCAUCUCUGGGCAUAUCCAAGAAACAAUUGGUGUACAAGGGAUACCCAAACCCCUCUUCCAAUCUCGACUUCUAACAAGACACGACUCUGGUGUAUGAGGAGGUGGUCGGAGGAGAUGUUGAGGAAAGAGAUGCUUGCUUGUUGCAAGGUUUACAUUUCUGAAGCGCGGAAUAAGACUGCCCUUGAAGCUAUUGAGAGAGCCGCAAAGCCUUUUCCACCAGCUGCAAUUGUCAACAAGUUUGAAGACGCAGAUUAUGGCAGGGUCGGUUACACUCUUGUCUCCACUUUAGCUCACGAGGGGUCAUCUUCUCCCCUGAAGAAUGCGGUCUUUGCAAUGGUCAAGACUGCUCUCGACACAAUCAACCUCGAGUUGCAUUGUGGAUCCCAUCCCCGGCUUGGAGUGGUCGACCGCAUAUGCUUUCACCCUUUGUCUCACACCUCUAUUGAGCGAGUUUCUGCCGUUGCCACUUCCUUGGCAAUGGAUAUCGGCUCUAUUCUCAGAGUUCCUACAUAUCUAUAUGGAGCAGCACAUGAGGAGCAGUGCACGUUGGAUUCCAUAAGAAGGAAGCUGGGGUACUUCAAGGCAAACAGGGAGGGCCAUGAAUGGGCAGGUGGGUUGGAUCUGGAAGUGGUGCCACUCAAGCCAGACGCAGGGCCACAAGAGGUGAGCAAAGCCAAAGGGGUUGUAGCGGUUGGGGCGUGCGGGUGGGUCAGUAACUACAACGUGCCAGUCAUGUCAACUGAUCUCAAGGCAGUGAAGGGAUUGGCGAGGAAUGUGAGUGAGAGAGGAGGAGGUUUGGCUUCGGUGCAGACGAUGGCUCUGGUGCACGGGGAAGGAGUGAUAGAGGUCGCAUGUAACUUGUUGAAUCCAAGCCAAGUCGGAGGAGAUGAAGUUCAGGGACUGAUCGAGAGGCUUGGCAGAGAGGAAGGUCUGCUUGUGGGAAAAGGGUAUUAUACGGACUUUACAGCCGAUCAGAUCGCUCAAAGGUAUAAGGAGUUGCUCAUCAGUUGAUAUCAUACAUAAAUUUGUUUGUGCCUUUGUGGUCAAGAUUUGAAAAUCAAAAACAAUAUGUUGUCAUUCCCAACAUCCAUCUUAUAGAGUUUAGAUUUUGCUGUUGUGUUUUUCUAUAUUGUAUUGUGAUGGCAUAAAUUCAAACUAGCAGAUAUUUAAAAUGAAAAUGAAACUAAUAUGAUAGUUCCA